UCACAGCUGAACCGAUUCACAUGACUGAAUGAUUCCUGCAGGUGAACACAGACACGCAGGUAAAGAAGCACCUGACGGCCAAACAGCGCAGAGACAUGAAGAAGAAGCAGAAGCAGGAGAACACAGAAGAUCUGGAGGAAGGAGAAGCGAAACAGCCGGAGACUGCCAGCAGAACACCCACGAGCAAGAGCGGAGGAGCGGCCGCGGCACCGCUGAAGAGAGGACAGAGGAACAAACUGAAGAAGAUGAAGGACAAAUACAAAGACCAGGAUGAAGAGGACCGAGAGAUGAUGAUGAAGAUACUGGGGUCCGCAGGUUCCACCAAAGAGGAAAAAACAAAGAAGGGCAAGAAAGGAAAAGCAAAGGAAGAGCCGGUAAAGAAGGUUCCGGCUCAUCAGAAAGCAGCAGCGAAGCCGAAACCGGAAACCAGCAGCCGGACGAGUGAGAACAUGGAAGAUCCAGCUGGAGGAGAUCAGGAGAAGGAGCUGGAGGAUGUGGAUAAUCCCGCUGUGGAGGUCUCGGAGAAUCUUCUGGACUCUCUGACGGGUCUCCCGCACCCUGAGGAUGUGCUGCUGUUUGCGGUGCCGGUCUGCGCUCCGUACACCGCUCUCUCCAGCUAUAAGUGUGUUCAGUGUGUGUGUGUUUAGUGUGU